UUACCAGACACUUGCUUCAGAGAAAAUACCUGUUUAUGGAGAAAAAAAGGAUUAGAGGAUUUGAUUUUAAAGGGAGAGCUUCAGCAUGUUUCUUUCAAGUGAUCACAUAAAACACGGCGGAGCAAAAAUAGCGGAGGAAGUGGGCAGAACAUGCAGCAUCCCAUUAUGACCAGAAGAGGGCGACACACUUCUGUCUAACAGCUGACCACACAGAUACAGGCAGAAAAAAGAGGGUGAAAGGAGACACUUAUGCUAAAUUAUGGAAGGCCAUCGGGAUUAUAACCCUUUAAAUGUCCUGAUCUGUAAACAGUACACUGACACAUGUGCUGGACAAUCUUACUUACAAUGCAUCAGCGUGUGCUUUCCCUGGGAAUCAAAUCCAUGAUAUUGACCUGUUGAGCUACGGAAACAUUUCCAUCACCACCAAACCUGUGGAAAGAGAAAAACACAUUGUGACUUUUAUACACAAGUACACACGCUUACAAAAUGACAUCACAGGUGGCAUUAGCUGUGACGCUAUCCGCUCUGAUUCUCCUCACUGUCUGUGGCAAUAUAUUGAUUUGUCUGGCUGUGUAUGUUACUAGACGUUUGCGUAACGUCACCAACUGCUUCAUUGUGUCGCUAGCAGUUACAGACUUUCUACUGGGCGUUCUCGUGCUCCCGUUCUCGACCCUCUACCAAGUCACAGGUGACUGGCCACUGGGCGGGCACUUCUGCAACAUUUACGUCUCGUUGGACGUCAUGCUAUGCACCGCGUCCAUACUCAAUCUCUUUGCUAUUAGCUUGGACCGUUAUUUUGCGGUGACCUCUCCUCUGCGCUACCCAAUGCUUGUGCUUCCAUGGCGCGUCGGUGCGAUUUUAGCGGCGAUCUGGUUAGUUUCGGUGGGCGUGUCGUUCGUACCCAUUCACCUCGGUUGGAAUACUAGAGACUUGAGCGUGCAAAAUAUACGAGAAGGUGACUCUAAUCGAGAUUGCCGUUUUGAGCUGAACCCGACGUAUGCGGUGGUCGAUGCCCUCGCUACGUUUUAUCUCCCCCUAGUGGCCAUGUGCUGGAGUUACUACAGAGUGUUCCGCAUUGCGAGGGCACAGGCGAAACGGAUCAUCUCAACCCAGCGAGGGCUGAAAACGGGCGUGACGGCGUUAACCCUACGCGAACACAAAGCUACCGUAACGCUGGCGGUGGUGCUUGGCGCUUUUGUGGUGUGCUGGUUUCCGUAUUUUACCUUUUUCACCGUGAUGGGGAUUCGGAAAGAAGAGAACCCUCCACGGACGGCGCAGUCGGUGGUGCUUUGGCUCGGGUACGCAAACUCUGCGUUAAACCCCAUACUUUACGCCACACUCAACAGAGACUUUCGAUCUGCGUUCUUCAAGCUGCUUUGUGGAAGACGAGGAUGUAAAAUUGGGACCAAAGCAAUUGUAGUUACAAUGGAGGAGGGGCUUAUAAAUAGACACUCCCCUUUGACCAACAGGGUGGGUCUUUUGCCUAGAACCUGUGUGCUGCUGCAAGAGACUGAAAACAGACAGAGUGCAGAAAACAGCACAAGCGGCUCUACGGUCACCAUCAUAGCAAACAAUAAAAGAGAUCAAACACAGGAGGCAGAAACAUGAUGUAGGCCAUGACUUCUAAAAUUGGCACCAUGUCUACCUCAAUAAUGCCUCUAUUAGCGACCUAUCAUCUUGAACGAAUCAAGAAUCUUUAUAUAGGUGAAGAUUUACGUAGCCUUUUUCUGUUAGAUAUUUUCAUCGAAACUUUAAACCUACACAUGUUGCACCAUGGACACUUGGUCAUCCAAAGUCUCAGUCUAGGUUGGAUUCAGUGGCCAUUUCCAUGUGUUUCCCGGGAAAAGCUUCUGGAAGAAAGAGAACAAAAACUCAAUAGAAAGUGCCCAUCAGUACACAGCAGAACUCCAUAAAAAUGCAGAUGCAAAAAUCUAUUUGCAGCUAAAAUGUCUUUUUGGCGCCUUCUAGUGGUGAUGGGCGGUAACACUAGAUAAUGUAGGAAAGAGUCCAAUUACCUCAGAUUUAAAGGCAAGUACACACAGAAGCACCUGAGGACUGCAGAAUUCAUUUCUUGCUAUUACAUUUUGUGUUUUUUUUCCACGGUGGAUUUACAAAUUUAGAUAUUAUGCAGUCAGAUUCCAGCAGGGGUCUCAAACUCAAAUUACCUGGGGGCCACUAGCCAGUUGCUGUUUUCCAACAGGGCCCAUUCAACAGCUGCAACAAAUAAAUGUUUUUACAAACAUGAAUUAUAACUGGUAUGAUUAUUGGCACAGUUAUACAACUCAGAAAACAUACAUAACCAAACUUUUUUAGGGUCUUCAGCAAGGAUAAAACUGUAUGUUUUAAAUUAAUGUUUUAGGUCAGUGAUGAGCUAUUUAUAAUAUACAGCUGUGCAAAAGUCUUAGGCCACCAUGCCAGAAUUAGCAUUGUUGUUUUUGCAAUGUUAUAGUGAUCAUUUAUAAUUGUUUCUCAGUCUCUUUAAUAGAAUACAUCCAGCAAAAUACAGGAAAUGUGUAUAUAGUAUUAAAAACUAUAUAAAAAUGUAACCUGAUUUGUUACGUUUUUAUGGUAAACUCCCCUUCCACUUAAGCAAUAGCAGGAAACUGCAGGAUCUCUUAAACCUAAAAAAAAUUGAAUACUAAUUUUAAAGAAAUUAGUCUUAGGUCACACUAAACACCGACGAUGCCUAAAGAAGAGGCAUUUUUUUAUAUACAUAUUUCUUGUAUUUUCUGUAUGUAUCUUCAUAAAAUAAAUAUGAAUGGACAUUAAAACUUCUAAAACAACAAGUCUGGUGGUGGUGGCCUAAGACUUUUGCACAGUACUGUACAUUAGAUUAACACUCCAUUAAUAAUAUUACAGACCCAAACAAACUGAACAUUGUUUUACAUGCUGGAAUUCAAAAUAAACUAUUACCACAUAAUUCUGUCUGGGACUCCUGAAUGCUGCACUAUAAAGAAAAUUGCUGUAGUUAUGCAGCUUUUUGCCAGUAACU